GGUGCCUGCUCAUAACCUCUUCGCCCCGUCCAUCCUCUCCUGACUCCGUUCGGCCAUGCUGCGUCUGCACAGGCAGCAGAGCGCCGCCUUGCGCGCCGUGCGCUCUCUACACUCUACACCCCGCCGGCGACGAGAGCCUUUUGACCCUAGUAAUGUCGAGAGGGCCUCGGACGAAGUGGACGUCUGUAUUGUCGGCGGUGGCCCCGCUGGGCUGAGUGCAGCCAUUAGGCUGAAGCAGCUCGAGCAGGAGAAGGGCAGGGAGAUCCGUGUGGUUGUAUUGGAGAAGGGUGCUGAAGCCGGCUCUCAUAUCCUCUCCGGCGCGGUGGUCGAGCCUCGCGCGUUGAACGAGCUACUCCCCGACUGGCAGGAGCGUUCCGGUCACCCCCUUACCCAACCCACUACACACACCUCCAUGCGCUUCUUCACCAAGUCCUCAUCCUUACGCAUACCGCAGCCGCCACAGAUGAAGAAAAUGAGUACCUACAUCCUCUCGCUCUCGCAGUUCACCGCCUGGUUAGGGACCAUCGCCGAAGAACUCGGCGUAGAAGUCUACCCCGGAUUUGCAGGUGCCGGACUGGUCUACGGGCCGGAUGGAAAGAGCGUGCUCGGGGUGCGCACGAACGAGGUAGGGCUCGACCGCGAGGGGCGUAUGAAGGACACUUUCGAGCCCGGUAUGGAGUUCCGCGCGCGCGUCACCCUGCUCGCGGAGGGCGCACACGGCUCGCUCUCGAAGGAGGUCAUCCGGAGGUUCCGGUUGCGGGAGAACAGCGAUCCGCAGACGUACGGGAUGGGCGUGAAGGAGGUAUGGCGCGUAGACCCGAGUAAGUACCGGCCGGGAGAGGUGGUGCAUACGAUGGGCUGGCCAGUUGACUGGAAAACGUACGGCGGUGGAUGGGUAUAUCACAUGGCGGACGGCCUUGUCAGCUUGGGUUUGGUUAUUGGGCUGGAUUAUGCCAACCCAUACAUCAGCCCGUACCGGGAACUCCAGCGCAUGAAGCACCACCCAUACUUCAGGGACCUGCUCUCCGGAAACUCGACCCGAAUAGCAUACGGUGGCCGCACGCUCAACGAAGGCGGUCUGCAGUCCCUGCCCCAGCUGUACUUCCCAGGUGGCGCACUCAUCGGGUGCUCCGCUGGCAUGGUGAACGUCGCCAAGAUUAAAGGCACGCACAACGCCAUGAAGAGCGGGAUGCUCGCCGCAGAAGCCGCCUACGACGCCAUUUCCGCGCAAGAAGAGGGCUCCUCUGAGCCCGCAGACAUGAGCGCGUACGAGACCACAUUCCGGAACAGCUGGGCGUACGCGGACUUGCACGAGGUGCGCAACGUGCGGCCGUCGUUCAACACGCCGCUCGGGAUGUGGGGCGGGAUCGCGUACUCGGGCGUCGACACGCUCCUCCUGAAGGGCCGCACCCCGUGGACGUUCCGGAAUACGAAGAAGCUGAGCGACGCGGCGCACACGAAGCGCGCGAGUGAGUGCGCGCCGAUUGAGUACCCGCCGUUCGAGCCGCCGUUGAGCACGGAUCUGCUGACGAGUCUGGCGCUGACGGGCACGAACCAUGCCGAGGACCAGCCGGUACAUCUGCGUGUGCGGAAGUAUGGGAAGGGCUCGGCGGAUGCGGGGUUGGAAGUGAAGCCGGGUACGAAGGAGGGGCUGGAGACGGAGCAAUAUGAGGAGAGCAAGGCGGUGAGGAGAGAGCAUGUGAAGGUUAACGUGGGCGAGUACGCCGGGCUGCUUGGGCGGGCAUGUCCAGCACAAGUAUACGAGUACGUGGAUGACGAGGCCGCUCAGAGUGAAGAUAGCGAAGGAUGGGGAGGGAAGAAGCUUGUGAUCAAUUCACAGAACUGCAUACACUGCAAGCUGUGCGACAUCAAGGUUCCGACGCAAGAUAUUACAUGGACAGUCCCAGAGGGUGGUGGCGGCCCCAAGUACACUGUUACAUGAGAUGAAUCGUACACGUACUCACUGCAUCGAACAUUGAAUAUCUACAUGUCACAUAUCAUGACCAUACCCGGUCCUGCUAGCCUGCAACGGUAUUUUGCAUCAAUAUGCGGUGCGCAAUGCUUCGGGCCAUCACUCGUACACGACACGUCAAGAUGUACACCCAUCUCAUGCACUACGGAUUAUUUGAGGCAUUACAGCUGCGCGCACGCGUAUGACUUGUAGGCUGUGAACAUGUCGGACUAAGGACGCGAAGAUUCGGGCGACGCGACGCGACGCGUGAUGGUGCACGUGAUGCG